GGUAAUCGUGAUGUAGUAGGAUAUGGUAUAAAUGGAAGAUUGAAUUAUCUAGAUAGCACGGAGUUCCCAUAUCCAAGUCUGAGAUUUGCUGAAAAUACGCCAGAUGUAAUGGCUCUAAGAGAGGAAGAGAAACAAUGUUGGUCCACUUUAAGUAUAGAGCAAAAGAAAGCUUUGUAUAGAGCAAGUUUCUGCAAUAAUUUUGCUGAAUUGAGAGCUCCAACAGGACAUUGGAAAGAUUAUCUUACAUCAUUUUUGAUUCUGAUGUCUAUAACCCUGUCCAUUUCAUUAUAUAUGAAUGAAUAUGGCUUGCCAUACAUGCCAAAAACAUUUAACAAGGAAUGGGAAAUGGAGGUACAAAGAAGAAAACUUCUGCUGGGCAAU